GAUGAGCGAAUGUGGUUGUGGUGGUUAGAAUUAGAUUCGCUUUCAUUUCGAAAUUAGUCAAAAAUAACUGACUAUUCGUUCAAAUAUUUUAUUAAUAUUUAUCUAACUUUAAUAAUUUAUGUUAGGAAGCUAGUUUUGUGAUAAAUUAGUUUUCGAACAUCGCGAUGGAGAUGGAUGUAAAAUUUGAUACUGAAGGUGAUAUUUUCAAUCACCGGUUGAAAGAAUUAUCAGAAGAGGAAAGAAAUCGUUUAGAAGCACAAAAUACACGAAUAAUACCUGAAGCAAAGGCAGCAAAACUAGAAAAGGAAGCAAAGAGGCAUUGGGAUAUUUUCUAUAAGCGCAACGAGACGAAGUUUUUCAGAGACCGCCACUGGACAACACGUGAGUUCCAAGAAUUGAUUAAUUUCGAUCCAGAUCAAGAGAUAGUCUUUCUAGAACUCGGCUGCGGAGUUGGAAACAUGAUUUAUCCUUUACUUGAAGAGGGAUUUGCGAAUUUCCGAUUUUUCGCAUGCGAUUUUUCACCACGUGCUGUUGAAUUCGUCAAAUCCAAUAAACUCUACGAUGAGAGUAGAAUCAAAGCAUUUUGUGCAGAUCUAACUACUAAUGACUUAUUCAACAAUAUUUCCAAAAAUAGCGUUGAUUUGUGCAGUUUAAUUUUUGUCUUAUCGGCGAUACACCCGAAUUGCUGGGCACAUGUUGCUCGGUUAGCCUACGAAGCUCUCAAACCUGGCGGGGUCUUGUUGUUUCGUGAUUAUGGCAGAUAUGAUAUGGCUCAACUCCGAUUUAAGCCUGGGCAUAAAAUUGCUGACAACUUUUAUAUGCGUCAAGAUGGCACAAGAAGCUACUACUUCAGCGAAGAAGAGCUGGCGACAGUCUUUACUACAGCUGGAUUUGAAAUUCUCACAAAUACCUAUGUGCAAAGGAGAACUGUAAAUUUUAAAGAAGGAAUAGAUGUGCCUCGUAUAUUUGUUCAGGGAAAAUACCAAAAGCCAUUGAUGGAGUCUAAUCCUGACUGAACUGGACUGGCUGAUAUAUAAUAUGGUACUUGAAGCAACAGUGGCUAUUACAGUUUUCUAUCAUGCAGAUGACUCCCCUGUCCUGUAUGUUGGUCAGGCAAAAAUAUGGCUGUAACAAUAAUUGCAUUGCUAUUCAAAUUAAGACGACGAAAAUUAUCUUCAAGCAUCCUUUGUUCCUAAUAUUUAAAGAUUUCUGUCCUGUCUCUGCUAAUGCCUUUGACAAAUUGACGACUCAACUUUCUUACUACUUGGUGGCACAGAGAGCAAAUUACAAAUACAGAUUAAAGCAGGCUAACAGUUCCAGUUUUGCACAAAGAGGUACAAAAAUGAUAAUCAUCGCCUUUGCAAUGUGAUUGAUGAAUCAAUGAAAUUAUUUUUAUAAAAUUAACCAUCCAGCAAGUACUAUGAUUGUCUGGAGACUUCCGCAUCACGAAGACUGUUCACGGCAGUUUUGCUCGCAAUGCCGAAGUUUCCGGCCGCGCCCGACUUUCAUGGAAGGGGGAGGAGAAAGAUAGCAUAUUGUUGAAGACGACCAAAAACAACAACACUAUUUUGAGCUAGCUCGAAGAAUAUAAAGAAAUGAACAUAAAGGUGCAAGACUCGGCCAGGCGGUAACAACGGGUCUUAAGCUGUGGCUGGCGUUAGAUGACAUGGUGGUUUUCAACGACGGAUAGAAGUUUUUCCUGACACUAAGAUGACGUGACGUCUCUAGCUCAGUGGUGGUGUUGUCACCAGUAAGAACAGAACCCACUAUAGAAGAAAUUAUUAAUAAAAUGAUUAUUAUAAAACGUAA